UGUCUAUCUGUCAAAUUGGGUAGGAUUUUGGACUUUAGAGGAAUUUCGAUUUGUGUUGUCUCGGUGCAAUAAAAAACAGGAGUGCAGUGUUGUUUUAGGAAAUAUCAGAACAUAUUCAUACUUGAUUGACGUACUUUAGUUUACAUUGUGACCUACUUUCGUUUUUACUCAAUGUUUUGUUUGAAAUACAAAAUAUUGUAUGUGUAGACAAUCAAUCAUGUACAUGUAUAUCUAUAUACAGGUACAUAAGUGAUUUUGUCAUAUGUAAAUCUAUAUUUAACAGUGUGACAUAAGCAGCGUAUAACUUUUGACCGACAUUGUACUCAAUAAAACAUGUAAAAUGGGAAACUUGAUAAGCAAAUGUUGUGGUAAGGCAGAUAGGAAAUACAAAAAGAAUAACGAGAUAAAACAGCCGGAACAAGAAGAGGAAGUUAAGAUUGCUACAAAUGCUGGAGGUGUCAAAGAUACCCCUUUCGUCAGUAAAUCAGAUGAAACACAGGAUAAUAAUGUGAAAGUUAAUAAAAAAGACAAAGAAACUGAAAAUUAUUACACGGGAGAUAAGCAAGAAAAGAAGGUGAAAUAAGCAAGAAGAUAAAAAGGGAGAUAAGCAUAAAGAAAAAAAGGGAGAUAAGAGCCACAAGCGAAAGCACAAACGGAAACAGGAUGACAGUAGUGAGGAUAGCAGCGACUUUUGGUCAACGUCCAGUUCAGAGUCCUCUUCUUCAUCAGAUUCGGAUAUUGGCCACGUGAAGAGUAGCCGGAACGUUUAUAACAACAAAGGAGGAGGGACAACUAUCGUCUCAAAGAAGACUAUAAUAGGAGGUAGUAAAAUGUCGAUAGGAAAAAAUGCUAGAAACGUUACUAUCAACAUUGGCACAGGCAAUAGUGCACCAGUCGUGAAGAAAGAAGAGAAAACGAGACCUUUUGAGAGUUAUUAUACAGAGUCGAGUGCAAGGGAAGAAGAACGUCGUCAGUUCACAUCACCAUGGGGCCAGGAUGCAGCGCGGCCACCCGGUGGUAAUUUUAUAGAUACACGAGAAUUACACAUACAAGAAUACGUGUUCGAAUCUGGUGUAAGGGUUGAUGCUGCACGUUGGGUUUGCAUGAUUUGCUUCCCAGGUGGAAGUGGUACGGGGUUUCGUGUUGGACCUAGACAUAUCAUGACCGCCAGUCAUGUUGUGAAAUAUAUUUUAGACACAGGCUAUCAGCAAGUGGGACAUAAUCGAGAUCCUUUCGAGUCAUUACAAAAUGCGGGCGUUUAUGCCAUUUUCAACUUUACAACUGACGGGCCCGUGUCAGAGAGACAAAAAUUUCGUUUUAAAGCGGUCGUACCAUUUCAUGAUGAUGCAACUGAUUGUGCCGUUCUUGAACUAGAGGACAAUUCUAUGGGUACUGAAAUGCCCCUUUCUUUCACAUUCUUCAGUUUACCGAGACUUAAUAACAGAUUCACUUUUAUCGGACACUCGUUGGGAAGUCGUAUGGAAUUUAACCACGUGGACAGGAUAAUUGACUUGAACAGUGCUGACACGCAAAGGGACAUAAUUCAUGUAAAACAAACUAGCUUGCAACAUUCUGGCAAAGAUUAUGAGAUGCCUCCUCAUAAUAUUCUGACUAACCCAAAUAGAUUUCUGUUUCAUUGCAAGUUUACAAAGGGGGCGUCCGGAUCACCGGGCGUAGUUAUAUUGCCUGAUGGGCGUGUUGUAGUUGUGACAAUGCUAUUGUGCGGACUUCCGGAUUGGUAUUAUGACCCUGCCGUUCAGGACAACGUAAAAAACAGUUGGCUAAAACAAUAUUGUGUGGAACAAGGGGUUAAUCUAAAAUCUGUCUACGAAAAGAUGUUUCGCAACAACCCAACGCUUUGUCAACAAAUAUUCUUUGAUCAUGUAGAUUCUAUUCCUAAUCCAAAUAUAUAACAUUGUUAAUUUCCAAUUGGACUGUUCCGAAUUUGUUUCAGAAAGACAGAAAGCCAUGUCUAUAAAUAUGAUGAUCAUCAUUUCUAUUUCAUUUCUAUUUCAUUUUCACGAAUAUUUAAUGCUAAAAAGUAUACUCAGUGUACGUA